UUACGUCAUUGAACUGCUCUGGCGGAAUUCCUGAGCCCUCCACUAUCCCAGCAUUCACUGAGCAAUCUGCAGCAUAUUGACAAAGAAAACAAAAACGGGGUGGGAUUUGCCCAAUAUCGGACUGCUUUGUACAACGUACAGACACGAUUAAGGGUGCGAGACAUGGUUUUAAGGAGCUGAAAGGGAAAAGCUAGCUGCAUCUGAAGGGGGGUUUCUUCACCUUCAGAGCUUAGAAACAGACAACCGCACAGGUGGGGACUCCCAGAGCAAGCAGGACACCGGGAGGAAGGAGAGUGAGCUCAGCUCCGAGUCAAUGCAGCAGCAGAGCCGGCAGCCUGACCUCGUGGAAGGAAGCCUUCCCGUGUUUGUAUUUCCCACCGAGCUGUUCUUCUAUGCCGAUGACCAAGCCUCCCACAAGCAGGUGCUCACCCUCUACAACCCUUACGAAUUUGCCCUUAAAUUCAAAGUACUGUGCACAGCGCCAAACAAGUAUGCGGUGGUGGAUGCCACAGGGGCGGUCAAACCACAGUGCUGUGUUGACAUCGUGAUCCGACACAGAGAUGUGCGUGCCUGUCACUAUGGGGUCAUUGACAAGUUCCGGCUGCAGGUGUCGGAGCAGAGUCAGAGGAAAGCGCUUGGCAAGAAGGAAGUGAUGGCCACGCUGCUGCCCUCCUCGGCUCAGGAGCCCCUUAACCCUCGGCCCCAGGAGGAGGAGCGCCGCAUGAAGGAGCAGCUGGCUGAUAGCGUUUUCUUUGAGCAGACUGCAUUCCAGACAGAAAGCCGUCCGGUGUCGGGCGGACCUAGCCUCCUGACGGUGCUGCUCGGGAUGGUGUGUAUGGCCGCCCUCAUGCUGCCCACCCUGGGCGAGCAGGAAUCCACAGUGCCUCUCUACCUCCACUUAAGUGUUAACAAGAAACUCGUAGCUGCCUAUGUUCUAGGUCUUCUUACAAUGGUCAUCCUGCGGACAUAAAGCAAUGCGAAACAGUUACCCUCAAUCAAGAGAGGGGUUAAGAAGAACAGAAUGGAGAAAAGUGUGUGUGUGCUCAGCUCACACACGCUUACUCACACACACACACACACGCAGAAAUGCAGAACAUGUGGUGAAAAUGUGGUGCAGGGGACACUAAGGGACCCCCCUCCACCAUUUUAACACCUUCAAAACAUAAAUGACAAACAUAAACUCAUACCGUACAAACCAUAAGCGCUGAGGGCGUGGGAGGGCACUACUCUCCAUGUCCAGACACAACCACUCACUGAGCCUGGAGGAGAGGCCUGAUCCAGGGUCGAGCGUUGGGCCUUGUGAAAUUAUGAGCAGGCGGGCGACGGGAUGGGAAACAUUAAAUUAAACAUGUUUGUUUUACUCCA